GUGGKGACGCAUUUGAAACRGGGGUUUCCCCUUUUAMGYAACAAACAGCGUUCUUGACAGAACAUUUCUACGAAUUCGUCGCUUCACCACGCAUUUGUUUUUCUAAGUAACAAAUAUACUGCGUGGAAUAUAARAUAUUAUCGCUARAGURAAACCUAUAGGCACUUCWAGUUAUUCUGAGAAAUCAGUUUUAAGGUUCGAAGAAGACGACGAUUUGCAGUGUUCAACGCCGUCUGYCCUUCGAAAWCUAUUCACGGACAGAAAAGGUAAACAAAAAUGACCUUCAAGCAAGGAAAGCCAGAAGAAAAAGAAUUAUGGACCCUUGCCAAACAUAUUCUCAAGUUUUGGAAACAGCUUGGAAGAGUGCUGGGAAUAGAGGGCCAUAUUCUUGAUGAAAUAGAAGUUGAUCACAAUUCACAWGUUUAUGAACAGUCAUUAGAGAUGCUGACAAGAUGGUGGAAAUCUAAAGGUUCUCACGCCACUUAUGGUGAAUUGGGUAAAGCAUUGGUAGACCCAUCUAUAGAUCGUUAUGAUCUUAUGGUGAUGACGUGUURUCCUGACACAGAUAAAGAAAAAGUACCUCUUUCUGUUUCCUUUCCUGAAGAAGUUGAUGAAGAUGAAAAUGUAACUCAACAAAUGGGACGUUUAUGCAUUCAAAAGAGCAAAGAUCUGAGAGAAAACAGCAUAUAUCCCAAAGCCAUUCCCUCAGUGAGCAUUCUACUUGGAGAGCCAUUCCACGAGACUUACCAACGUGAAAAAGAGCUGCGWACCUUAAAAACUCUCUACAMCUCUCUCGACUGCAACAACACUUGUAAUGAUGUCAAAAUGGUCUAUGUYACUGGACCUCCUGGCUCWGGAAAAACCCAGUUAUCCCGCCUGUACUCYAAGUGGUAUGGCCAGCAGUCUUUCCCAAGUGGACGSUCAAUCGUCGUGGCCACUCUUCAUGCAGAAACAGCCGAAGCACUCUUGGAGUCCUACAUAGAAUUGACAAGYGCUUUGGGUAUAACCAUGGAAGAACAUGAUAGACAGGAUGAUAUCAAGAAAAAACUUCAAUUGUACUCGAAAACCAUCAAAAACCUUUUCCAGAAAAACAAUUUGUACAAUUUUGAUUGGUUGGUUGUUGUUGAUAACSUSUUUGCCACAAAUCCCUUGAAAGAGUACUGGCCGUUGCCUGGCAAUGGGUGGGGGAACGGUCGCGUCAUCGUGACGACACAAGACUCAGAGUUGGCUCCRUCAGCGCAUACUAAUUCCCGAACUCUGUCGCUUUCAGAGGGCAUGGACAAAGACGAUGCGAUUGACUUUCUCUGUCUUAUUUCAGAGUUAGAAAGAGAUGAGAGUUGUGCUGUUGUUGCAGAAAAGCUCAACUAUUACCCGCUGUCACUCGCUUGCGCAGCGGUCUUUGUACGAGACAUGCGCCAUGAWAGACCUGCAGCUAACUUUUCCUGGAACGAUUACCUGGCAAAUCUUAAAARRUACUUUGAGCUUUUGAAAUACKCWGAGUUUACRGACCAUAAUAUUUGCUACCCUCGUUCCAUGCUCWCAGCGGCCGUUUGCUCUGCGAGUCGCAUGGCAGAAAGCAGCAGCGUGCUUAGAAGUGCUUUCAAGUUYUUAUCAUUCUGUACCAUUCAGCCAAUACCGCUGGACCUAGUUUCUGAAGCCGUGAUGCAGAGUAUGGACGACGAAAUCGUGAUACCAGACGAACUGAAAAAGAAACUAGCAAGAUGUUCUCUGUUGAGCUACCCUCGUCAUGGUGUGCGCGGCGUUGAGGUAGUCACGAUGCAUCAAGUUGUUCGUACGGCAUUUGUUCAGUUAAGGAAGGUAUAUUGUUGUCAAUUAAACAAUUYCAAGUUAACUUAA